CCCGCUGUCCAGGCCGACGCCGCCGGGAUGAGUCCUUCGGCCGUCCCCCAGGGCCCUCUGCCGGCCUCCGAGAGGGAAGGUGUACCGCACACGCCUUCCUCCGACUCGGAGAAGACGCGAUCGGAUAUCCCGGCUCCGGACCCCGAGCACGUCGAGGCGGCUACCUCCGGGCGCAGCCCCCAGCGUCAAAUGGAGGAGUCGGCGUCGCUUAUACUGCCCCAGCCGGCCGAAGGUGGUGUGCCUCCAGCAGUCGACGAAGGCGUGCCCCAAGUCGCCGAUGAAGUCAUGCCGUAGGUCCCCCCACAGACGGCUGACGCGGGGCAGUCGUCCACCGAGGGGCGAUCCGGGCUGUCCCUGCUGCAGGACGUCGAGGCAGUCUUCUUCGCCCGGAUGGCCGACGUGACCGAUAUCGGAUGGCAACUUGUCAGCGCCGCCGCCUCUGCUAUCAACGUCGCCGACACCUGCCACCACCGAGCCAGUAAGCUCGACGAUCUCAUGUCCAAGUUGGAGGAAGAGUUGGCGACGGCCAAGGCUGAGCUUGCUGAGAAGACUUCUCAGCUUGCCGCCACCAAGGUCGACCGCGACUUCGCCUUGAAAACCUUGGACCAGCUCAAGGUGCAGGCCGACGCCCUGAAGAAGGAGAACACCGUGCUCCUCGACAAGCACGAAGAACUCCGGAUCAAGGCUCGGGCUGACGAACUCGGCGCCCAGCGUGCCGAGGAGGCGAAGAACCAGCUUCUCCGACAGCUGGGUGAGGCCAACCAGAACACGGCCAGGGUGACCCGAGAGCUGGCCGGUCUUGUUUCUGAAGACUACAAGAGGAGGCAGGCUGAGGGUGAGGUGACCCUAACUCAACUCGGCGACGCCGUGCGCAGAGUGGCCACCAAGCUCGAGCUCGCCAAUUCCGACUCGAAGGAACCUCUGGCCCUCCUUGGCGAGUUCCCCGCUUCGAUCGACACCUUCGCCAAGAAGAAGAAGACCGAAGGGUGCCAACUGGCCUUGGCGGCGUCGUCGUCGCACUACCCCUUGGCGGACUUCAGCCGGGUGGCCACCGGCUUCGCCAGCACGAUGACCCAGGAAGCCGCCGAGGAGUUGUGGUUCCGGAUGGAGGACCCUGCAAAGCUGUUGGCCGAGAAGCUGGAUGUAGAGGAGUCAGACAGUGAAUAAAACAAGGAUGUAU